GAGUCGGUCGUAUUUGACGGCGGCGCCACCACCGUAGAACAACGUUAAACAGCAGCAAUGGCUCCUAGCGGUUAUUUUAAACGGACCACUCUCUUUUGGAUCGUUACUAUAACGGCCUCAUUUGGGUACUUUACUCUGAUCGUGUUUGCACCGGAUGUAAUCCCGUACGACUGCCUCGGUCCGUUUGGCAGCUUGUGCAGUCACCUGGUGUAUUACUAUGCUGACCUGAUGUACAAAGGGUGGUGGGCAGCCGUUGCUGUUCAUCUCGGUGAAGCUCUUUACGCUUUAAAGCUGUGCAGCGACAAAGGCAUCAACCACCCGAACACUCGCUGGCGGUGGUUCGUCCAGACGUUCCUGUUCGGCUACGCCUCGCUCGGCCUGCUCGUUAAGUACAACCCGAAGCGCCAGAAAAGGUACUGAACGCGGCCGGCGGCGCCUCCAGAGCGAAACAGCUGAACAUUCCUGGUGCCUUUUUCCCCCUAGGAUGAGGGAAAACUGACGAUAUAAACACUAGAAAUUGAA